CAUGAGUGUCUCACGCAGACUCCACUCCUUGUAUUCCAAGCUCUAUCGUUUCGGCUUCUCAAGCUUGUUUCGAGUUGAUCCGCUUUCAAGCCUAGCUAGAUCAUCUAAGUCUAAGAAACUCCGGGAGACCAACGUGAAAAAACAAUCGGAAAGCAGUACCAUUGCGCCGCUCUUCAAUGAGAUUACUGAGAUUUUAAGCGCCGAGACCUUCAUUGCGGAUCGGAACUCAUCUGGGUUUUUCAAGUCCGGUGAAAACCAUGGGAGGGAUGAUGUAGUUAGUGGAAAGAGCUGGCCUUGCGCUCCAAAUGUUUGUGGAAAUGGUGAGGAGAGUUUAUUGCAAGAAAAGGAUGAUACAUUGAUUUUGGGAGAUACCCAGUUGGGUGUAAUUGAUGUUAGUCCGGUUGUUCAUGAGGUUACACAUAUUAUUCGUGCCGAAAAUGGUUUGGUUUCAAUGGAAGAUCGGUUAGAAAAGUUGGGUUUUGAGUUAAAUCCGGAGAUUGUUGAGAAAGUGUUGAAAAGGUGCUUCAAAGUGCCACAUUUAGCUCUGAGGUUCUUUAACUGGAUGAAGCUUAAAGAUGGUUUUGAUCAUACUCGUGAAACUUACAAUACCAUGCUGUAUAUAGCUGGGGAAGCUAAAGAGUUUGAACUGAUGGAGACAUUAGUGGCGGAAAUGGGGAAGGCUUCUUGUCAUAUGGAUCUCAAGACUUGGACUAUUCUUAUCUCACAUUACGGGAAGGCCAAGAUGAUUGGUAAAGCAUUGUUGGUUUAUAAUAAAAUAAUAAAAAUAGGUCACGAACCAGAUGAGGUGGUUUGCAAGAUGAUGAUACGAUCACUUUGUGCUGCUGGAAAGGCAGAUGUUGCAAUAGAAUUUUACAAGGAAAUUGCUAAGAAGGAAAUAGAACUGGACGUGGGCUUGUAUAAGAUGCUUUUGAGUUGCUUGGCAAGGUCAGGAGAUACUGCUGGUGUUUAUUUAGUUGCAGAAGACAUGAUGAAAAUUUCCCAGAUUCCAGAUCAAAUUGUUUAUGGCUGUGUUCUUAAGAGUUUCUGCUUAUCAGGGAGGAUAAGAGAUGCUUUGGAAUAUAUAAGAGACCUCAAAGAUAAAGACGUCGCAUUUUGCCGUGAAUACUUUGAGACUUUAGUUAAAGGAUUGUGUAAGGCUAAUAGGAUUGGAGACGCUUUGGAAAUUCUUGAAAUUAUGAAAAUAAAACAAUUUGUUGAUGAAAAGGUUUAUGGAGUUAUUGUUAAUGGAUACUUAAGAGUUAAUGAUAUUUCUAAAGCUCUUGAUGUAUUCCAAAGCAUGAAAGAAUUGGGGUAUUGUCCGACAACUUCCACCUACACAGAGUUGAUGCAACACCUCUUCAGAUUGAAUCAGUAUGAGGAGGGUUGCAGGUUGUAUGAUGAGAUGCUGAAUAUAGGACUACUGCCUGAUAGUGUAGCAAUAACAGCAAUGGUUGCAGGUCAUGUUCGUGAGAAUCAUAUUUCUGAAGCAUGGAAAGUUUUCAGGAGCAUGGAAGACAAAGGAAUCAGUCCCACUUGGAAAUCAUACUCAAUAUUUAUCAAGGAGCUGUGUAGAAUUUCUAGCACAGAUGAAAUUCUUAAGGUUUUGAACAAAAUGCAAGCUUCUGAGAUAGUCAUUGGGGAUGAAAUAUUCCAUUGUGUAAUAUCUCAUAUGGAGAAAAAGGGAGAGACAAAUAAUAUUGAGAAAGUAAAACAGAUUCAGAGAACCUGUAAACUUGAUGCUGGAGGCAAGAAAUCUACCCACGGUGCAUCUGUGGAAUGGGAAGCCAAUAUGGAUUUGAUUCACGAGUCAGAGCCAAAGAUGACAGAUUCGUAUCGAUUGGAGCCACUUUUAAAAGUUUAUAAUGAGAGGGAUUUGGAGAAAAUUUGUAGAAUUUUGUCACUGUCAUUAGAUUGGUGCUUAAUUCAAGAAACUUUGGAGACGUGCACUGUAAAAUUCACGCCAGAACUUGUUGUGGAGGUGUUGAGGAAUUGUAACACGAAUGGUUAUGCUGCAUUUCAGUUCUUCUCAUGGGUAGGGAAGCAAGCAGACUACAACCACACUGCAGAAACUUACAACAUGGCCAUCAAACUUGCAGGACGUGGGAAAGAUUUUAAGCACAUGAAGACCCUUUUCUAUGAGAUGAGAAGAAAAAGUUAUGCAAUAACACCAGAUACAUGGACAAUCAUGAUCAUGCUAUAUGGUCGAAUAGGCUUAACUGAGAUUGCUUUGAACACUUUUGCAGAGAUGAAAGCCAGCAAUUGUAACCCAACGGCCAAUACCUACAAAUACUUGAUCAUAUCUCUUUGUGGAAGGAAAGGUAGGAAGGUAACUGAAGCCAUACAAAUAUUUCACGCGAUGAUUCGCGAUGGGCACAUCCCAGACAAGGAAUUGGUUGAAAGUUAUUUUGCUUGUUUGUGUGAAGUUGACAAACUUUUGGAAGCUAGGAAAUGUGCGGACUCUCUUCACAAAGCUGGUUUCACGGUUGCCCUCAGUUACUCCUUGUACAUCAGGGCUCUUUGCCGAGCUGGAAGGAUAGAAGAAGCUUUGGCCAUGGUGGAUGAGAUGGGAACAGAGAGAGCUACACUAGGUCAGUUUACUUAUGGAAGUGUCUUUCAUGGACUAUUGAGGAAGGGUCGAGUUGAAGAAGCACUCGAAAAGAUGGAUUCGAUGAAGCUAGCUGGUGUAAAUCCGACCGUUCAUGUUUACACGUCCUUGAUCGUUCAUUUCUUGAAAGAGAAACUGAUAGAAAAAGCUUUGGAAACUCUUGGAAAGAUGAGAGAAGAGGGUUGUGAACCAACUAUUGUUACUUAUUCAGCAUUCAUUCGAGGAUAUGUCACCAUGGGGAAUGUUUGUGAGGCUUGGAAUGUGUUCUAUCUUUUGAAACUUAAAGGACCUUCGCCUGACUUCAAAACAUAUUCAAUGUUCAUCGAUUGUCUUUGUAAAGUGGGAAAAUCUGAAGAAGCUCUAAAGCUUUUAGAUGAAAUGUUGAGUAGUGGGAUUAUUCCUAGUACUGUUAAUUUUAGAACAAUUUUUUAUGGUCUGAACAGGGAAGGAAAGCAGAGUUUGGCGCAGACUGUUGUGCAACAAAAGCAAGCUUUAAUAAGAAAACGUAAAUUAAUAACAUAAUUUUAUUUUUGUUCUUGUUAAAUGUUUAUGACAUCAAUUUUUGUAAUAUAUAUUUACUUUGUAA